AUGAGUCUAUAUGGGAAGAGAGAGGAGGAGGAGGACGUUCAGAGACAUAAAGCAGCAUCUCCAGAACCCAGCUGUGUGUCUAUGAAGAGUGACAGGUCUAUUGUGAGCCCCCCUGAAUUCAGUGAUAGAGCAGUGACCUCUGACCCUGUCUCUGUCUGUAAAAUGAGUCUCUUUGGAAAGAGAGAGGAGGAGGAGGAGGACGUUCAGAGACAUAAAGCAGCAUCUCCAGAACCCAGCUGUGUGUCUAUCAAGAGUGACAGGUCUAUUGUGAGCCCCCCUGAAUUCAGUGAUAGAGCAGUGACCUCUGACCCUGUAUCAGCGACGUCCCAUCUGACCUGCACUGACUAUGACCAUCAGACCCUCAUCAGACAGAGAGUCAAAGACCAGCACAAAACCAGCAUGAAGAACAAGUAUGAGAGAUUAUUUGAAGGAAGCAAACUAGAAGAGAACCAUACCCUCCUGAACAGGAUCUACACACAACUCUACAUCAUAGAAGGAGAGAGUGAAGGAGUGAAUGAAGAACAUGAGGUUUUACAGAUGGAGAAAACACCUAGAACACAAGACACUCCAAUCUACUGCAAUGACAUCUUUAAACGCUUACAUGAACCAGUAUGUGAGGAGAAAGAUGAAAUCAAGACUGCUCUUACUAAAGGCAUUGCUGGAAUUGGAAAAACCGUCUCUGUGCAGAAGUUCGUUCUGGACUGGACAGAGGGAAAAGCCAAUCAGGAUGUAGAUUUCAUGUUUGUGCUUCCAUUUCGAGAGCUGAACUUGAUUAAAGAUCAUCAGUACAGUCUUCACAGACUUCUGCUGGACUUUCAUCCUGAACUUCAAGAUCUGGACUCAAAGAUUUAUGAGGAGUGUAAAGUUGUGUUCAUCUUUGAUGGUCUGGAUGAAAGCAGAAUUAAACUGAUAUUUGCAGACAGACAGAAAGUUUGUGAUGUGAAUGAGUCUUCAUCAGUGGGUGUGUUGAUGUCAAACCUCAUCAGAGGAGAGCUGCUUCCCUCUGCUCUCAUCUGGAUCACAUCCAGACCAGCAGCAGCCAAUCAGAUCCCCUCCGAAUACAUCAACCGUGUGACAGAAAUUCAGGGAUUCAAUGAGUCUCAGAAGGAGGAAUAUUUCAGGAAGAGAAUCAGUGAUGAGCAUCAAGCCAGCAGAAUCAUCUCACACAUCAGAAGAUCAAGAAGCCUCCACAUCAUGUGUCACAUCCCCGUCUUCUGCUGCAUCUCAGCUACUGUGCUUCAGAAGCUCCUGGAACAAGAUGACAGUGCAGAAAUCCCUCAAACUCUGACUGAAAUGUACAUCCACUUACUGCUGACUCAGAUCAACAUAAAGAGUCAGAAGUAUGAUCAGAGAGAUCCAGAGAAACUCCUGAAGUCUAACAGAGAAGUGAUUGUGAAACUUGCUGAACUAGCUUACAAACAGCUGAUGGAGGGCAAUGUGAUGUUCUAUGAGGAGGACCUGAUUGAGAGCGGGAUAGAUGUCACUGCUGCCUCAGUGUAUUCUGGGAUUUGCACUGAGAUCUUUAAGGAGGAAUCUAUGAUUCAUCAGAGGAAAGUCUACUGCUUCAUUCAUCUGAGCUUUCAAGAGUUUCUAGCUGCUUUCUUUGUGUUUUAUUUCCAUGUAAUCAAGAAUGAGGAAACACAGAAUUCAUUUCUAGAGUAUUCAUGGCACAGUCAGAAAGGCUCUGUGCAUGACUUACUAACAUCAGAAGUUGAUAAGUACCUGAAGAGUAAAAAUGGACACCUGGAUCUUUUCCUACGGUUUCUGCUGGGCGUCUCACUGGAGUCCAAUCAGAGACUCAUAAAGGAUCUAUUGACACACACAGUGAACAGCUCAGAGACCAUCAACAAAAUCACACAGUACAUUAAGGAGUCAAUCAAGGGUGACGAAGGUCUCUCAGCUGACAGAUGCAUCAAUCUGUUCCUCUGUCUGCUUGAAAUGAAGGAUCAGACUCUGUACAGAGAGAUUCAAGAGUUUGUGAAAUCAGAGAAUCACUCAUUGAGGAAACUAUCUCCAUCUCACUGCUCAACAAUCGCCUACAUGCUUCAGAUAUCAGAGGAGGUGUUGGAUGAGUUUGAUAUUAAGAAGUUCAGCACAUCAGAUGAGUGUAGAAGGAGACUUAUACCAGCUGUGGUGAACUGCAGAAAAGCUCUACUCGCUGGCUGUAAUCUCACUGAUUGGUGCUGUGAAAGUUUGUCUUUAUCUCUACGAUCAUCAGACUCACUGAGAGAGCUGGACCUGAGUAACAAUAACCUGCAGGAUUCAAGAGUGAAGCUUCUCUCUGAUGGACUGAAGAGUUCAGACUGUCAACUCAACAUACUGAGACUUGCUGGCUGUAAUCUCACUGGUCAGUGCUGUGAAAGUUUGUGUUCAUCUCUACAAUCAUCAAACUCACUGAGAGAGCUGGACCUGAGUUAUAAUAGCCUGCAGGAUUCAGGAGUGAAGCUUCUGUCUGAUGGACUGAAGAGUUCACAAUGUCAACUUAACAUACUGAGAGUGACAGAUUGCAAUCUAAGUGAUCAGUGCUGUGAAAAUUUUUCUUCAUCUCUACAAUCAUCAAACUCCUCACUAAAAGAGAUGGACUUGAGUAACAAUGACCUGCAAGAUUCAGGAGUGAAGCUACUCUCGGAUGGCCUAAAGAGUUCACACUGUAAACUCAAAGUACUGAGAUUAUCUGGCUGUAUGGUGACAGAGGAAGGCUGUUGUUUUCUGGCUUCAGCUCUGAGUUUAAACCCCUCACACCUGAGAGAGCUGGAUCUGAGCUACAAUCACCCAGGACAAUCAUUAAUCAAGCUGCUCUCUGAUCCAAACUACAGACUGGACAAACUCAAUCUGGAUCAUGGAGGAGAGAUCAGGAUUAAACCAGGACUAAAGAAAUGUAGAUUCAUGUGA